AUGGAGGAAUCUGGAGAUACACUGAUGUCAACGUUGAUUGAAACUGGAGUUUCGAUCCCCGGCGAUCUCUCAUCCGUGGCUCAGUUAACAUCGGAGGCUCUGACAUCGAUCUGUGCUCAGUUGAUUAAUCUGAUCGACCCAUCGGAGGCGUCAUUGUGCAGUGAGAUAAUACCUGUAGACUCUCUUCCCGAAAGGUAUAUGAUCUGCACCGAUCUCGCUCUCUCCGUCAAGAACCUCGGCUACAUCGGCGACAUUAGUUCUCAUAAGUUUCUGCAUCCAUCUCAAGAUGACUCGUUUGAGUUGGUUACAUUCUUGCUUGGGAGGCUUUCCGAGAUAAGACAAGGAAACAAAGCUUCUCCUGUGGCUGGUGAUGAUGAUCUAGCUACCAGGCCAAAGGUGGAGAAUUUCAGAGAUGUUUUAGAUGAUAAAGAUGAGACUUUUGAUAUGCAUAUACAGAAGGUUGAAGCUGUUCUUACAGAUCUUACCAUGACUAACGCAAUCUCUCAUUCACCGGACUCUCACACGGAAAAUGCUUCACCCAGUGGUUCUACUGUUGCUGAAUCCUUCUCCAUAAAGACAGAUGACCCUGUUACUGAUGAAAUGUCUCAUCUUUCUUUGAGACAGUCUUCUGGAUGUGACGAACAUUCUUCUAUAGACCCCUCUGAGACAAAUGAUGAGACUGUUGAGUUACAGAAUCAACGUAACUUACUCUUGGAGGAACUUGAAUCUGGAUCUUCAGAGCUAUGCAGUCUUGACAGUGAGCUGGAGUUGUUGAAGAUGGCUGCGGAGAGGUUAUUGGAUGAAAAACAGCCUGGUGGGUUAUAUCUCCAACAGCUUAAUCAACAACUAGUGGUCAAAAGGUGCAAUAUCAUGGAUCUGAAAAGGCAAUGGGACGAUGCAAGGCUGACUUUGGAAGCUAAAAAGCUACGUCUUUUGGACCAACUUCAUGUGGAGGAGCCAAAGGCUAAAGAAAAAUUGCAUAAGCUGAAAAAGACUGAACUUGAUUUACAGUCUGUCUCGUCAGAAAUUCAAAAGAGGGAAGAGGAACGAUGUAACCUAUACACUGAACUUGAGAGGCAGCCAAAAGCAGCGCCACGGAAGUCUUAUAUCCAUAACAUUAAAGAAAUAACUAAAAAUAGCCGUAAACUGGAUAGUGAUAUUCAGAGGAUUUCAGGGGAGACUAGGGAGGUACAGUUAGAGAGUAACUCCAUCCAAGAACGUUUGCACCGAUCAUAUGCUGUUGUGGAUGAGAUGGUUACAAGGGAACUGAAGAAGGAUCCAGCCGUACGACAGGUCUACAAGCUAGUGACCAGUAUCCACGGUAUUUUUGAGCAAAUCUCUGAAAAAAUCCUCAUUACUGAUCGGUUAAGAAGAGAGGCAGUUGACUACGAGAAGAAGCUGGGUUCCAUCACAAGUCGGGGGAUGAGUGUGGAGAAAUUACAAGCCGACCUCGAUGCCAUCAGGCAAGAGAACCAAAGUCUUGAGAAACAACUAACAUAA